ACGGUGUGAGAGCGAGGCCACUGGUGGAGCUCGAAGCCCUUUCCUACUGUUGGGAGGAGGUACUCCGAUCUGGCCCCGCUGGCUGGCUGCUCUCAACCUUCUCCGUAGACGGAUGUUCAUAUCGCAAAGGGCCGUCAGAAUCUCAGAAUAUAUUCCAUACCAGCAUAUACAGCGUUUACAGUAGCCCUGGGAUUUCCAUCUAUUAGACGCAGCUCCAUGGUGACCCAAUACUGGUUUUAAAGAGGAGGGCAUUCACUGGUUCAGCCGGAGAGGACUCUUGCUGCACAAGCAGUGCUGAAAGAUGUGCAAUGGAAUGGUAGCGUGUGAGACGAGAGCCUCGCUCGCUCACAGGGUGGCCGCCAAAUCCCUGCUGCUACUUCUCCUCGGCAUGUUCCCCACAGGCCAAGCUUCAGGUUGUCCCAGACCCUCAGUUGUGCCUCAUGGCAGUGGGAACCUGACGGAAACGAACCGCGGCUCCUUCCCUGUUGGCACACUAUUGCAGUACAGCUGCGAUCCAGGAUACACGCUGGAUGGCUACAGCAUUAUCACCUGCACCGUCUCAGGCCACUGGUCUUCUGACCUGCCUCGCUGUGUCAAAAAUGAUGUUUGUCAACCACCGAGUGAGCCGGAGAACGGAGGAUAUAACUGCCACCCCUCGCCGUGCCACAGACUGACCCAGGGUACUGUGAUUGAGUACUUCUGUGAUGAGGGUUACAUUCUGAAAGGAGGGUACCAGUUCCGAACCUGUGACAAUGGAGAGUGGAAAUCGUCCUUGCAGAUCAGCUGUCACCCUGUACAAGGGGACGAGCAGCAAUCUACGCUGCCCAUGCCGGCUCUGUCUAUCGUGGCCUCCACUGCCAGUUCUGUGGCCCUCAUCCUGCUGCUGGUGGUGCUGUUUGUUUUGCUUCAACCCAAACUCAAGUCCUUCCACCACAGCCGCAGCCGGGAGCAGGGUGUGUCAGGACAGCCUACCUCCAUCAUGGUGGAGGGCGUUCAGGUCUCGCUGCCCUCCUACGAAGAGGCCGUGUACGGCGCAGGCGGCACUCCCGUGCCACCUCCUGAGUCCCGGGUUCAGAUCGUGCUGUCGGAGGGCCCGCAGGUGGAGGGUUUGAACGAACCUCUAGAACAGGCUCAGACGAGUUACAGUUUCCCCUCCACCUCGACUGCUGCGCCCUUGUGUCACGCAGAGACUGUAUUGGUUCACCAGGUGCCCUCUUCCUCCUCUCCAUCCUCCUCAUCCUCUCGCUCCUGGGCUGCUGAGCAGCCUGGUGCCGCUGCGCCUCUGCACCGCAGGCAGAGCAGCGAGAGCAGCGAUCAGCACAGCUUGCUUUCAGUCACCUCUGCCGAAGACUAUGGUGAUGAUAUUCCAUUGCUAAAGGAAGCCUGAGUCUGUGUACAGCCCCCUCCCUCUCUUGUCACCGCUGGCCAGCACUGUAACCCCUAAAGCUUCUCACCAAACACUUACCCCACACCUACCCUUCAGAACGCAGCAGUAAAUAAGAUCCAUCAGCUGUCCCUCUGCCAACAAAUCGCCCGGCCCUGGGGUCUACAAGCUGCGUGGCCCCCAUGGAGUCUGGCAGCUCUCUUGACAGGAAGGACUUUUGACCGGACGACCCCUCAAAGGGAUGCGCAAAUGCUCGAGUUUAACACUUUUCUUGCAGGUGCGCUAAUAAUCAGUUGCACUCACAGGCUUACCUCGUCGUGACGAGGAUUCACUAAUUACAGAUGAAUGCAUUAAGAUUACGUUGUGGACCUCUGCUCCGUCAAUGACUGUGACCUCUUGCGAAGGGGAGAGUUCAGCAAGGAUUUGCUAAGCCAGGCCCUUUUCUCUUUGAUGCUGCAUGUUCUGUGCAAUUUCUAUUCUCUGUUUCAUUCUACACGCUUACACACAGGAGCACGGCACAAUCGAAGCAUGACGCAUAGCACCAUCUCGACACAUUCCCUUGUGCGAGACGCAGGGUUGAACUGAUUUACAUUGUACUGUAUUCAAAUACAUGCUUGCCUUUUUAUUUGUCAAAAAGUACCUGUGCUGUGCUGUGCUGUGCUGUGCUGUGCUCUGCGUGUGUGUGUGUGUGUGUGUGUGUGUGUGUGUGUGCGUACAUGGGUUUCUGAUGCCUGUGACUGUGGCUGUUGUCAUUCGAAGAGGGCUGAAGUAUCAUCUAGGCUUCUUUUCCCCAAAAUAGGAAACAUUUUCAAUACCUCCAUUUUCUAAUCGCGACGUUAUUUAACUAGGAUGGAUGUUCCUUGUCUACAUGUCUGUUUGUCCAAAGUGAGGGAGACAUACUUUCAGAGAAAUAAUUCAACUUUAUUUCUUCCUUUUAAAAGCAAGUAUAGCUCUCUCAUGUUUAUGUGUUGCACGCACAAGCAAAGAAAACUUUAAUGGUUUUUUUUUAAAAUCACUUUUGAGUUCUUUUUCCAAGAGGACUUUGUUGGGUGUGGACUAAGUUCGUUGCUGGGCUGUACCUUAUUAGCUUUGACUAAUAAUAUUUGGAAUAUAAUUUAAGCAAGUUUAAUUCACUUUUAAUUUGUUAAAUGUUACAAUAUUACAUUUGAAUGCUUUGCAAAGCCAGCUGUGGUGUGGCUAACAUCUUAAAGAUGACUAGCAAAAAUAGAAGCACCUUCUAUUAAGUUUUCUUAAUAAAUCAUUCGCUAUUAAGAUGGUAUUUGUAAAGAGAAUUCAUCAGAUAUCCCAUCAGAUGUUAAAUAGGUUGUGCAUUGUUUUAAUGCACUGUCUAGACUCAGCUCCAGAAAAUGGCCUUGUUCUUCACUCAUAAUGUUCUUUUGGCAAAUGGGCAUUUGAAAAACCAAUGAAUCUUUUAUUUGAAUUGCUUUUCGUUUUGCAUUUUUUCAUCCUUGCUCAUUGAACAUUGCCACCUCAUGUGUAUAUCCCCUGUGUGGUUCAUGC